GGAUUUACUCCCGAUUCGAGCACUCGACAUUGACACGUAGAUUCUCUUCUCUUCCUCCCUAGUCCGUAGUCCUUUACCUGGACUGGUAGUCGAGUUAUGUCGCUCGUCAGACUAACAAUAUGUGUAUCUGGAGUAUACUCCAUGUUCUUGUGGUGGGCAGUCGCGCAAGAACGACUUUCCGUUCCGUUCAAAACUAUAGACGGUUUAUCGUCAGAUAAAUUCCGUUCUGCGCUCAUCCUUGGACUCUUUCAAAGUGCUCUGUGCUCCAUAUCUGCCUUUCUCUAUAUCGUUAUCCGUAAAGACCCUUCACAGACCCUCAGCCAAGCUCUCGGUUUAGCGCAAAAGCUCGAGUCUAACGGAGUUUUGAAUGGUCAUGAAAAAUCUGCCCACAACCCUUCCACCCGUUUUGAUACCCGCCUUCUCCUCCGAUACCUUCAAUGUUCGGUAUUGAUCACCUCUGCAGCUCCUUUCGGAUUCGCAGCGCUCUCUUACAUCUCAUAUCCUGCAAUGGUUCUCGGAAAAUCUUGUAAACUCGUUCCGGUCAUGAUAAUGAACUUCUUGCUGUACAAACGAAAAUUUGCUCCCCACAAGUAUUUGGUUGUAUUUAUGGUCACUACCGGCAUUACCAUCUUCAUGGGUUUCGGGGAUGAGAAGGCCAAGAAACACAAGUCUGGUGGACAGGACUCAGACAGCCCUUACGCGUCUAUCAUCGGCAUAUCCUAUCUGCUGAUAAACCUUGCUUUGGAUGGGGCUAUCAACUCCACGCAGGACGAGAUUUUCGUGAGAUACAAAAUCACCGGACAGCAGAUGAUGUUUUGGAUCAACCUAUUUUCCACCUUCAUCUCCUUGUUCCUUUCGAUUUUACCUCUCCCGUACAUUCCAGUUAUCCACCCUUCAACAGACGGGAAAUCAGAACUCAUGAGUGCCUUGGCAUUCAUUCAGACCCAUCCUUCGAUCGUGACUCCGUUGGCAGAAUUCGCAAUGACUGGCGCUUUCGGUCAAUUGUUCAUUUUUGAAACAUUGGCUCGUUUUGGCUCCUUGACGCUCGUGAUGAUCACUCUAACGCGAAAAAUGUUCACUAUGCUACUUUCCGUUGUUGUUUACAAUCACAAGCUUACACUCGGACAGUGGAUAGGAGCUGCCGUCGUCUUCGCCGGAAUAUCAGUUGAGGCUUUCAUAAAGAGAAGAGAUAUUCACGCCAAACGUGUGGUACAGGAGAAGGAAAAAGCAAGGAUAAAAUCGUUAUGA